AUGGAGAACAGAUCUGAAGUGAAUGAGUUCAUCCUUGUAGGAUUAACAAAUGCCCCAGAGCUUCAGGUUCCUCUCUUCAUAAUGUUCACCCUCAUCUAUUUCAUCACUCUGGUAGGGAACCUGGGGUUGGUAGCUCUGAUCUCCUGGGAUUCCCAUCUCCACACCCCCAUGUACUUUUUCCUCAGUAACCUCUCUCUGGUGGAUUUUGGCUACUCCUCUGCUGUUACUCCAAAGGUGAUGGUUGGACUCCUCAAAGGAGACAAGAUCAUCUCUUAUAAUGGAUGUGCUACCCAGUUGUUCUUUGUUGGAGCCUUUGCUACUACAGAAAGUUUCCUCUUAGCCUCCAUGGCCUAUGAUCGCCAUGCAGCUGUGUGUAAGCCCCUACAUUAUACCACUAUCAUGACUUCAACAGUAUGUGCAUAUCUGGCCAGUGGGGCUUACAUCUGUGGCUUUCUGACCUCCUCCAUAAUUAUAGGAAACACCUUUAGCCUUCCCUUCUGUGGGUCCAACAUAAUCCAUCAUUUUUUCUGUGAUAUCCCCCCUCUCCUAAUUCUCUCUUGCUCUGAUGUUCACUUCAUUGAGUCAAUUUUCUUCAUCGUGGGGUCAUUCACUGCUUUUUUCCCAUUUCUUGUCAUUUUUACAUCUUACUUGUUAAUCUUCAUCACCAUUCUGAAGAUCCACUCUUCAGAAGGCCGACAGAAAGCCUUCUCUACCUGUGGUUCCCAUCUCACAGCAGUGUCAAUAUUUUAUGGCACCAUCAUCUUCAUGUACUUCCAGCCCAGCUCAAGCCAUUCGAUGGACUCAGACAAGAUGGCAUCAGUGUUCUACACUGUGGUCAUCCCCAUGUUGAAUCCUCUUGUCUAUAGUCUGAGGAACAAAGAAGUCAAGAAUUCUUUUUGGAAAGUUGUGGGGGGACAAAGACUUCAGUUAGAUCAUUCUUUUUCUUAA